UGAGCCAGCCGAGAUGAGGAAGUGGGUCAACUGGUCCAUCUUCGGCCUCGUUGGUCUCCUCCUGGCCAUAGCCACCUUGAUAUUCCACUACUUCAUCCUCCCCAUAGCCAUCCGGUAUCAAGUCACCAAGACAUUGGAACUAAAAAACGGAACAGAAGCAUGGGAUAGGUUUGUUAAUACUCCUAUUCCUGUGAUGUUAAAUGUAUAUUUCUUCAACUUGGAUAAUCCGGAGGGAGUACUUCAAGGCGAAACUCCAAAAGUAACCCAAGUUGGACCAUAUGUCUACAGAGAAAAGUGGGAAAAGGUGGACAUCCGUAUAGACGAAGAGAGGGACACUAUCUUCUACAGACAAAAGAUAGAUUUUGAAUUCGACCAGAAACAAUCAGGAAGCCUAUCGGACAAGGACAUUGUCUCUAUAAUCAAUCCAGUGGUCCAUGUGGUGACUAAAAUAAUAGACGGACUGCAGGCACUGAACCUAACCAACGAGGUUAUCGAAUUCGCCCUGCCAACGAUGGCGAGGGAAAACUACGGCCCUGUAUUCACAGCUUCCGUCCACGACAUCCUCCUCGGCGGGGUGAGGAUCCACUGCAGCGGGAACCUGCCCUUCAUCGUCAAGUUCCUCUGCGCCGCCUUCAAGCGGUUCCUCCCUCUGCCAUAUCUGUCUCUUGCUGAUAAUGGCGAUCUCAUGGCUGCCAUUUUUAAAUUUAAGGAGCUAGGGCCUGUGAUGGAGCUGAACAGAGGAUCCAGGGACCCCAAUAUGAUCGGAAGGAUCGUAUCCAUGGACGGGCGGAGGAAGCUGACGAGCUGGAAGUGCGACUCCGCCAACAUCGUGGACGGCUAUGAUAUGACCAUGCUGUCCCCGUUCAACAAGAGGACGUCCAUCCCACUCUUCACCUACGAUUUGCAAUCAACAUUACAGAUGCAAUAUGAGACAGACGUCUCGUUCGAAGGGAUCGGUGGAUACAGGUUCGUACUAGCGCCUGACGUCUUCGGCGACCCGGCGACCAAUCCAAAGUCGCGGUGCUACUGCCCUGGCUCCAUCAAGAACCUGACCAUACCACCUCCCUGCAUGAAAGGGUCAGGGGUCUUGGAUGUAUCAUCUUGUAUAGGAGCUCCAGUUAUAUUAUCAAAUCCACAUUUUUAUGGUGCGAGUGAAAAUUAUAAAUCAGCAGUGAAGGGAUUACAACCAGAAAAGAAUCUUCAUGAGUCCUUUUUAGAACUUGAACCAACAACAGGAGUUCCGCUACAAGGAAAGAGAAGGAUUCAAGUUAAUGUAAAUGCCCAAAAGAGGACCGAUGUUAAGCUACUACGUAAUCACGUGGAUGCAGUCAUACCAAUGAUGUGGAUAGAUGAGGGAGCUUCAUUAGGUGGUAAAGAAAUUUCCUUACUCAAAGAUCAAUUACUUUUUGUCAUGAAUAUUGAAAAUAUUGGAAGGUGGAUUCUCUUUUCAGUCGGUAUUCUUUUCUUAGUCAUUGGAGUCAGUAUGGCUAUAAUUCGAAAACGACAAGAAGAUAGUGAUAUCUAUGACUUGGAAGAGGAUUAGUGAUAAUACUCUUUGGUUUAAUUUAUCCAUUACAAAAAAAAUUAAUUUAUUCUUUUAAUUCAAAAUUUGGAAACAAAUACAAGACUCUUUCAAUUGGUCUUCAUAAUUAUAUACACUGUUAGGUUGUAAUAGAAGAUUCAAUUGAUUCAUGACACCAUACUGAACUUUUAAAGAUCUAAAUUCAUAUUUAAAUAUAGUAAAUUAUAAAUAAAUGUAUAUUUAUACAUACAUUGUUAUUUUUAUAAUAUAAUAGAAUUACUGCAUAAAAUUUUUAUUCUAUUUAUUAAGAAGAGAUGAUUAAUAACCAUAUACUUAUAAUAAAAUAAGAAUAGCUUGAAUUCUAUUAGAAUGAUUGCUCAUUUUUUGAAAUAUCAUUUCCAGUUUAAAAGGUUAAUUUAAAAAUAAAUAAAUAAUGUGUAAUAUAUAAUUAAUACUUAUUAUAUUCAUCAGGUAAUAGGUCACAUAUAUUGAAUGAACUUAAUACAUUUUAAUAUUUUUUAUUUAUUUACUUUUCGACCAUUUCUUUCAUUACAUAGGAAAUGGGAUCCUUUUGAGUAUUAUUAUAUUGAUCACCAAUAUUCCAAGGCAUGUAGAACCCUGAGUACCGAUGAAUACUGAUACUGAUAAAUAUUCUGGGAGUUUGAUGUGGUUGUCGGCGUUCUAACUGCAUUGGGGUAAUGGUUUUCAAUUUAAUAAUACUGAAGAGGAUCCCAUUUUUCAUAUAGCAAUUAAGUAGACUCAAUAUACGUGACCUAAUGCCUGAUAAAUAUAAUAAUUAUUAAUUGUAGUUUUUAUAGGUUGAUUAUAAAAUUUGUACUAUAUUAUUUUUUUAUUAAAGUUUUAAAUAAAUUAAAGUAGAGUUUCUAUUAACCAAGAGUUU